AUGCCGCGGAGUACAGACGGAGUGGGAGAUGCUGGUGGGAGCUGCGGAGUAGAGACCGCCGAUGGGAGAUGGUGCGGAGGGGAGAUACUAUGGAGAUGGAGACGACGUCGACAAGAAGCUCUACUGGCAACGAAGCGGGACAAGAAGCGACGACGAAGCGGGAGGAGGGGAGCUGCUAAUGGCGAUGGCGAGCAGGGAGUGGGAGCUGGUUUGAUGCGACUGCGGAUGCCGACGGCGGGAAGUGUCAAUGGCGGCAGGAAAAAGUUCUUUCGUUCGCGAGCUCAGGUCCUCCUCGCUGAGGACUCAGGAGUCUCUUCUGUUCUUGAGAGCUUGUCCUCGCGUCUUCGCCUUCCUUCCGUCUCUCUCAAUUUUACGUCGCCUCAUUUCUCGAUUCGCGCUUCAGCUACCAGAUUCCAUCCGGAGCGGCCUUCCCUGCUGCUUCAUCCGUCACCGUCACUCAUGACUAUAAUGAUUGCUACGCCGCUGGAUCAAGAAGACGAGGAGCUGCAAGUGCCGCAUCCAGAUUCUGGCGAAGUUCAGCCAAUGGAAGAGGCACCAGUGGAGCUUGCUGCUAGUACAGUGGAGGCUCAGCCAGUGGAGAAACCUCCUCGGUCCCUGAAAUUCACGUGGAAAAUUGAGAAUUUCGCAAGGAUUAACAAAAAGAUGGACUAUUCUGAUACAUUUGGUGUUGACGGUUACAAAUGGCGGAUUCUCAUCUAUCCUAAGGGAAUCGAUGUCGGCCACCUGUCGAUAUUUUUGGAUGUUGCAGACAAUUCUACAUUGCCCUAUGGCUGGAAACGCUUUGCAAAAUUCAGCUUGGCUGUAGUGAAUCAAUUUGACAACAAGUGCUCAAUCAGAAAAGAUGUUGAACAUACCUUCAAUGGAACGACGAGCAACUGGGGUUUCAAAUCAUUUAUGCCCCUCAGUGAUAUGUUUGAUCCUACUAAGGGAUAUCUUGUCAAUGAUACUUUGAUUGUUGAAGCUGUUGUAAGGGAUUUUCUUGAUGAUUGGUCUUAUGACUCUAAGGAAAAGAAAGGUUAUGCAGGUCUAAUGAAUCAGGGAGCAACAUGCUAUAUGAACUCCCUCCUACAAGUCCUGUACCAUAUUCCUCGCUUUAAAAGGGCCGUAUACAGCAUACGAACAAUUGGGAAUGACAAGCCUAGCGGAAGCUUUACUUCAGCUCUGCAGAAUCUGUUCUUCAGGCUUCAAGCUAAGACAACAAGGGUUUCAACCAAGGAAUUAACAAAAUCAUUUGGAUGGAAGAUAAAUGAUUCUUUCAGGCAACAUGAUGUGCAAGAAUUCAAUAGAGUACUAUGUGAGAAGUUAGAGGAUGCAAUGAAGGGAACUACUGCGGAGGGCACAAUCAAGAUGCUAUUUGAGGGUGAAUUUAUGAGCUACAUUCGGUGCCUGUCUGUGGACUACAAUUCCACGAGGAAGGAGUUCUUCUAUGAUCUGCAGCUCGAUGUAACAGGCUGUAAGGAUGUUUAUGCAUCUUUUGACAAGUAUGUGGAAGUUGAACAACUUUCGGGUGAUAACAGAUACCAUGCUGAAGGACAUGGUCUACAGGAUGCAAACAAACGUGUCUUGUUUCUUCGCUUCCCACCUGUUCUUCAACUGCAUCUAAAGCGCUUUGAAUAUGAUAAGUCGCAGGGCACCAGCCUCAAGGCGAGCCUGAUUCUCCUUUUUAAUGUGAAUUGUGUGCUGCAGAUCAAUGAUCGGUAUGAAUAUCCUCUUCAACUUGAUCUUGAUAGAGAAGGUCGCAAAUAUUUGUCCCCAGAUGCUGAUUACAGUGUUUGUAAUCUCUACACUCUUCAUAGUGUAUUGGUUCAUGCUGGAAGGGAAAAUGCAGGGCAUUAUUAUGCUUUUAUUAGACCUCCUGUAUCGGAUGAAUGGUACAAAUUUGAUGACGAACAUGUGACAAAAGAAGACGUGAAGAGGGUACUAGAAGAAUACGGUGGCGAGGAAGAGGAUGCAAACAAACGUUUCUUAUUUCUUCGCUUCCCACCUGUUCUUCAACUGCAUCUAAAGCGCUUUGAAUAUGAUCAGUCGCAGGGCACCAGCCUCAAGGCGAGCCUGAUUCUCCUUUUUAAUGUGAAUUGUGUGCUGCAGAUCAAUGAUCGGUAUGAAUAUCCUCUUCAACUUGAUCUUGAAAGAGAAGGUCGCAAAUAUUUGUCCCCAGAUGCUGAUUACAGUGUUUGUAAUCUCUACACUCUUCAUAGUGUAUUGGUUCAUGCUGGAAGGGCAAAUGCAGGGCAAUAUUAUGCUUUUAUUAGACCUCUUGUAUCGGAUGAAUGGUACAAAUUUGAUGACGAACAUGUGACAAAAGAAGACGUGAAGAGGGUACUAGAAGAAUACGGUGGCGAGGAAGAGACGGAAAACUCGAAUGCAUAUAUGCUUGUCUAUAUACGUGAAAGUGCUGCAGUCCGCAGAUCUGAUGUGAUGGAGAGGGAAAGCGGGGAGCCGUAGUCGUGACGACGAG